UGCUGUGGAAGCAGCAGGUCGCAGAGGAUCCUCAGACCUUUAGUGGCAGCAGCUGCAUCUCCUCCUCCUCCCUCCUCCUCCUCCUCCUCCUCCUCCUCCUCCUCCACUCCAUCACCACCGGGCAGCGGGUCCGCGAGACGACCUGCCCAGUGUGUCGGGGGAGAAACGUGCAACAUGCCCGCUGAACACUUCCAGUCGGCCCCGGCGUCGCUUCUUCAAACUCUGGUGGGAUUUACGCGGACGAGCGGACGGAGACUCUUGGUGGAUCCGGGGCGCAGGGAGCUGUAAGUUGGGCGGUAAAGUGGGAAACUUCCUACCUGGAGCAGGUUUUAUAAUUUGAUGGACGUGCUGCGGUGGAGGGGAUCACCUCGGGCAUCAUCACCCGCUGCUGCUGCUGCCGGUCGCCGCUGAGCACCGUGACGCGCCGGGUUGCGCGGCGAGGACCCCCGGUUGCUUCACCCGGAGAGUCCGGGGACAGAAAGAAAAGCCCCUCAGUGCUUCUUAAAUCUCCUCAACUCUGGAUUUAUCAAUUCAGGCUCGUGUGUGGUUUCGUAUCCCGGAGAUGCCACCUGUGUCUCGCCUCCGUCCUCCUGUGGAUGGGAUCGAGAUGGAUGUGGCGCCGUGAGGAGGCACCAGCUCCCGGAUAAUCACAGCUCGGACUUUGUGGCUGCCGGUGCGGCUCUCGGCUCUUCCUCAUGCAGCUCCUCCGGCCGGCCUGGGCUCUGACUGCCGCUGCGGUCUGCAUCCUGCUCCUGCUGCUGCUCCACAACCACAUCCUCCGAGAAGGUCAGCUGGCGGCGGGGACUUGUGAGAUUGUUACUCUGGACAGGGACAGCAGCCAACCAAGGAGGACCAUCGCACGACAGACGGCCCGCUGCGCCUGCAGGAAGGGGCAGAUCGCCGGGACGACACGAGCCAGACCGGCCUGUGUCGAGGUUCGUAUCGUCAGGAGCCGACAGUGGUGUGAGAUGACUCCUUGUUUGGACGAUGAAGGUUGUGAUCUCCUGGUCAAUCAGUCGGGCUGGACCUGCACGCAACCAGGAGGCCGAGUCAAGACCACCACGGUCUCCUGACAGCGGCGGCAAUGACAGACGCUCCCCAUAUAAGAUUGGAUCCCAUCGUCCAUCACCCAUUGUCCCUGAGCGGAGCAUUGGCUGCUGCUGACGUCCAAUCAUCAGCCACUAUCAGGGCGUCUGGGCACGUUGCUACAUCCAUGGGUGAACUGUGGAAACUUCUGGCUGAAGUUCUUUCUGAGGAACUUGACUCACUUUAUUUUCCAAGAGAUUUGACUAAUAGAGCGUGGAGAAGCUGCUGGAUCGAUUUCCUCUGUUUGGAACCAAACUCUGUUUCGUUUUUACAGACCAAAGAUGAACAGAGCUACAACAAUAAGACGUUUUAUGGGGACAGAGACUCUCAGAACUCCCCGGCAACACAAUAUUCAUGUAAAGAAAUGAACACAUUGUGAUAUAUAAAUAACUGAAUUGAGAAAUAUUAUUGUACACAAGUUGAUAAAAGAUGUAUCUGUGUGAAGAACGGCUGUUAAUGUUUCUGUUGGCACUGUCCAUCUGCUUAUGUGUGGAACAUCAGGCUGGUGGAGAAGGUAAAAAAUCAUAUCAGGCAUUUUUGUGAUAAGAACAUAUAAAUGUGUGCACUUUUAGCAGAUGCCUGAGGACAUAUUUCAAAAUGUCAUUAAAUCAGAGUCAUUAAAUCAGAUCUCUGAGGAAUAACGUCCUAACUAGGUGAAUGUACUUUAUAGAAAAUAUGUAAACCGAUACAGAUAGAGAGUGUUUGGGCCCAGUUUGAUUUUAUUAUACACGUGAAAAUUGUUCCUUUUUCCAUAGUUUCACUAAGGUUUUAUUUAUACAGCUAUGCAUGUCACAUGUCAGCUGACAACCAAUACAGCUGAUGAACGAGCCACUGAUGAACAGUCAUGGUUGAUUUGAUCACAACAUACACAAUAUAUAAGAGAUAAAUCGAGCUAUAGCAGCAGUUGGUCGUUCCUGUCUGAACUAUCUCAACAAUUACAAAAUGGAUUGCCAUUGAAUGUGGUGCAGAUAUCCAUGGUGACUAAAGAGGUGUAAUUAUAUGCACAUUAUGUAUUGGCAUGAGGCUAUUUGAAGAGGAGUGAAAAAAGGGAGUGAAAAGGAUUAACAAUGCAGCACACUGACUACAAGCCACACAAUCUAUUAAAAUGUAUUCAAAGUUUUAAAUUGAUUCAUAUCUUCAUUAGGUCCAAGUGCUUGAAAAAGAAUGUACACUUAAAGCUAGGGUUGGUAAUCCUGUAGAAGAUAGAAAGGCUGCACAUGACUCUAGUCACAGGCAGGGUGCAUGUAGGCAGGUCGGUUAGUGACAGACAGGUACGCCCAUCCUACACACUGGACCUUUAACACUGGUGAAGCUUUAGUUGCGUCACCUGCAGGCUAACAUUAGUUUAGCGGCACAACAAAGUCUAUCACCAACAAAUGAGAUUGGCUGACCAACAUACACUUUACAAAGUAUCCAACUUCUCUGGCUGUACACCACCACUGGAGAUUUGUAACAUGGAGAAAAUAAUGCAACACCCCUCCCCUUUUCUUUCAAACAAGAAGAGGCCUGUAAGAAAUAAACUUUAAAUAUAGCUUAAAUAAAAAUAUCUGCACACUUUUGAACACAUUUCCUAGUUUUUUCUGCGAGUCACUAAUCAUCAUUAAUCACCAAGAAUCUGGAUGAAAUCAAACUGUGAGAUUCCCACCCAAACAAUCAUCAAAUGUUAGCAUGCUAACGUGCUGUAUAGUGAACAGUUUACCUGCUUAGCAUUAGCAUGCAAGUACACCUGUGCCUAAAUACUGUAGCCUAUCACAGAACACUAGUAUUGCUGUAUUCCGAUUCUUAGUCUCGGGGUAUUUCACUGAUGUAUGUCACCUCUGAUGAGUUCAUACACUGUAAACAAAAGCAUGCUUCCCAGUGCAGUGCCUCCCAGUGUACAGAUGAUACACACUAUUUCUGUCUUUGAAAUAUUCUUCAAGAUGUUUGAUAUUGGUGUGCAAAGUUUCCAUUUCUUAUCAUAAAAACUGCAGAAUAUCGGACUCUUCUCCACCAGACCACAUUAUGCUUUACAUCGUAUUUCACAUUUUCCAGUGUCAAACAUCAUGCAGUCGGCAUGGCAGGUUAUAAUGAAACAACAAGCAAACCAUUUCACCCUCGAAACCCAGAUGUUGUGUCUGUUUGGGGGGAAGAGGCAUUAAAUGUAUUUUCAAAAGCCUAAAGUUCUAUAUUUAACUAUUUCAUAUGUUGUAUCUUUGUAGAAAAUCUUAUUUAACGUUGAUGUUGCUCAUUUUACACUGGAUUCACAGCAGUCUGCAUCAGAUGGAGCAUUGUUGCUGCUCAAAGUUCACUUAUGGUUUCUGAUAGUUUUAUCAGCAGGGAUGUUAUUCCACUUUUUACAAAACAAAAGGUACCCUGACCAAACAAGUGUCAUGUUGGAGGAGGAUAAAGAUCAGUCCGAUUUUUAAACUUAAUAAAUAAUUAAUCAUAUUUAAUAAAGACAUUAGUUACAAAUAUUAAAGCAUUUUAUGAGGAGGGGCCACAGAGUUUUCCUUCAGUUGUUGUAGGUUGUGUAUACCAAAUCCCAGAAUGCAGUGUGUCUGUAGGUGAUCGCCUUAGUUGUGUUAGUCUCGAUCAGCUGGAGAUUAACAGCUUCUCUGUUUUGAUGCUCUGCCAUUAUGCACCAUGUUUUUUAUUAAAGAGAAGACACAAGUUCAACCAUUUUGAUCUCAAAGUUUUAUAGUUUUUGUGAAGGAAAGAUGCAAUGAAAUGCAUCAAAGUGAUAAUGCAUAACUAUUGUAUAGAGGCUAAUAUAUACGCUAUAUAUACUACAGUUGUCCAACCAGUUUCAUAAAGCUACUUUUUUCACAAGA